CCGAGCCGAGCCAGGGGCGGGGCCGUGCCAGAUACCUUGAUUGCCAGAAGGUACAUUCUUCAGAAGAAACUUGGCAGUGGAAGUUUUGGGAAAAUCUAUCUGGUUUUAGACAAGAAGGCAAAACAAGGAGAAGAGUUAAAAGUUUUGAAGGAAAUCUCUGUUGGAGAUCUCAAGCCAAAUGAGACAGUUGAAGCAAAUCUAGAAGCACAGCUACUCUCCAAGCUAGAUCAUCCGGGCAUUGUCAAGUUUUACGCAAGCUUUGUGGAGCGAGAAAGUUUCUGCAUCAUCACUGAAUACUGUGAGGGUCGAGAUCUGGACUGUAAAAUUCAAGAGUACAAAGAAAUUGGGAAAAUAUUCACCGAAUGCCAAAUAGUAGAAUGGUUUAUACAGUUGUUACUUGGAGUCAACUACAUGCAUGAAAGGCGAAUACUUCACAGAGAUUUAAAAGCCAAAAAUAUUUUUUUGAAAAAUAAUCUUCUUAAAAUUGGUGACUUUGGAGUUUCUCGUCUCUUGAUGGGUUCAUGUGAUCUGGCAACUACAUUUACCGGAACACCUUACUACAUGAGCCCAGAGGCACUGAAACACCAGGGAUAUAACACAAAAUCUGACAUCUGGUCACUAGGAUGCAUUUUAUACGAGAUGUGCUGUAUGGGUCAUGCAUUUCCUGGACACAAUUUUUUGUCCAUUGUGCUAAAAAUUGUAGAAGGUGACACACCUUCUCUUCCUGACAGAUACCCAAGUAAACUGAAUGCAGUUCUGAACAGCAUGCUAAACAAGAAUCCUUUAUUGAGACCAUCAGCAGCAGAAAUUCUAAAAGUCUCCUACAUUGAUGAACAAUUGCAGAAUUUCAAAUGCAAAUUCACAGAUAUAACUAUGAAGGACAAGACACUUAAUUGUCAGAAGGAAGCUGCUCACAUUGUUAAUGCUGUGCAGAAAAAAGUCCAUUUGCAAACUCUGCGGGAGCUGUCUGAGGUACAGAAAAUGACUCCACGGGAACGAAUGAGGCUGAGGAAAUUAAAUGCUGCAGAUGAGAAAGCAAGCAAGCUUAAACGGCUGGCAGAAGAAAAAUAUCAAGAAAACUUCAAAAGAAUGCAAGAACUGAGGUCCCGUAAUUUUCAACAAUUGAGUAUAAAUGUGCUUCAUGAAUGUGAUGAACAGACUUCAGAGCCUUUGAUUCAUUCUCAGCCAGUCACUGCACUGGACUAUGUAUCCAUAGGACAUGAUGAACCAACUGAAAAUGAGGCCCCAAACAGACUCUGUAUGUCUGAACCUGUGGACCAUGAGAUCCCUGAAGAUCCACAAAUUGCAGAAGCAUAUUAUAAUGAUGAGUUUGAUUCUUGCUCAGAAUCAAGUGAAGAAGAGGAGAAAUACAAUGAAGAGGAUGAGAAUGCUGAAAUAUCUCAGUCUGUCUCCAGAACAAAUCAACAGGACAGUGAUGUUGAGGCAAUGGUCAUGUAUUUGGAAAAUGUCCUGAAUAACAGCUCUCUAGGCACUGGGACUGUCAUCAGAGUGGCUCCAGUAGUGCCCCAGGGAUUCAGAGUGAUCAACAACACCAUGGCUGAGACCAAGCUGAAACGCAUGAGGGAAUCAGCAAUUCAGAAGUUGGGAUCGGAAGUAUUUGAAAGGGUUUACAGCUAUCUCAAGCAAGCAAGACAGCAGAAUACAAGUGAGGAUGAGGUCAAGGAAUACCUAGAAAAAGUGGUUUCUAGAGCAAGUGACUGUUUUGAAGUGGAUCAACUUCUUUACUUUGAGGAACAGCUGUUUGCCUCAGCAGGAGAUGCUCAAAUAUAAAAGGUACAGCAAGACUGGACAAAGCUGGAGUUUGGUGAAAUUGCUGUCAACAAAUAAGUACUGAUUACUGGGGUACAUGAUGGGGCAUAGCACUAUGACAUUGAAGAAACGAUUCAUAUAUAUAUCAAAAUCUUCCCACUUGUAUUGUUCCAUAAGGAUAUGCAUUCUUUUAGGCCCCAAUUCUACUUCUAGAGCCUGAUCCUAUAUUCUCCAAAGUCAAAAAACCUCACAUUGAUAUCAGUGGGCUGAAAUUAGGGUCCCAGUGAGGUCAACAGGAGUUCUGCUAUUGAUUUCUGAAGUAGUAGGCCCAUCAGUCCUAUUGGAGCAUGACACUCCACAACAUACCUGUGGGUUUUACUGCAUUUGGGCUUAGAGAACAGUGUGUGAAUACACACAUUCAUGUGCAUGCGUCUGUGUGUGAACGUGUAAUUACUAAUCAAGAGCUGCUUACUACUCAUUGUUCUGAUAAAGGCCCAUAUUUCACCUUCAUCUUCUCAGUUAAAAUCUGAGUGGAUGCAUCUACACAUACGCUUUACUGCUGAGUUGACUUAUUAGCUCUGCAGUAAAGCUUCACUGUCCACAUGUGUGCCGAUAUUAGGGCACAGUAAAUUAAUUAACUCCGCAGCCAUUACUGUACAUUCCUGAUGGCACAUGGGUUGUUCCUGACCAUACUGCACAGUAGCUCUUAGCUACUUAGCAGUAACUUCAGCAUCACGGCAUCUUGAUUCAUGCCCACCAAUGCUAUAGCAACACAGCGUAGAUCAUGUAGAUGCGCCCCCACCUUGAACCAAAUUAAUUUCAGACUCCCUGCUGUCAUCACAUUUUUUCCAUUAUGUGAUCUUGCAGUGUUCAGUGCAGCACUUGUGAAGUGCUCAGGUAUGGAUUGGGUAUCUCUGACACCACAAAUUAUUUCUGUCUGAUCUUGGGCCAUUUAUUCAUAGGUGGGCAGAUCAGCCAUUUAAUCUCUUAAUGCCUCAGUUUUCCUAUCUGUAAGGCAGGGGUAAUGCUGCCUUUGUGAAGAGCUUUAACAUUUUCUAAAGCAAAGUGUUGUAUAAGUAUAAUCUUCUUAUUCAAUUUUAGCAUUACAACAGAGUAUAAAAAUAGCAAAUUUGCACAAAUAGACAAGCUAUAACAUUAUGAUACCUCUAGCACCCAAUAAUAGGAGACACCAACACAAUCUGACUACAGCUUUCAUUAGGAACACAUGGCAUCAUAGGUUGGAGGCUGAACUCUACUUAUCAACAUUAACCAAGAUAGAAAAUAUGUCCUGUUUCAAACUUGUGGUUUAGUUUGUGGAGUUUGAAUUAAGGGCUGUUGGUUAUGACCAGGAGUGCUUAAUCUCCAGUCCACAGGCUAAAUGCAGCCUGCAGAGCCAUCACAUCUGGCCUGCAGUGCUCCCCACAGCUCAGGAAAUUUAGCAGUGGGUGAAUGGUGGCUGCUAAUACAACUACCCUCCCCUCUGCCAAAUUCCCAAACCCAAAGCCCCACAUGCCCAAUUGAAACCAGGCCACACCCCCUUCCCCCUGCAGGGCUGAGUUGGGGCUGAGCCAUGCCCCUUUCCCCCACCACUAGGCUGGGCCCCUUUUCCCUGCAGGGCCAGGCUGGGGCCAGAUCAUAAUCCCCACCCCCCUGGCUGGGCCAUGCCCUCUUUCCCCCCAUGCGGCUGGGCUGGGGCUAGACCAUGCCUCCUUUUCUCCCAUGGGGCUAGGCCAUGCCCCCUUCCCCCUACAGUGCUAGGUCAAGCCCCUUCCCCCCCCGGCCAUGUCAGCCUUGGGUGCUGGAUCAAAACCACCAUCCUGCCCAUGGUUACACCAGGCACUGCCCAUCUGGCCUGCCAGGGAAAAGUUUUAACACCACUAGUCAAAACUAAAGCCUUUUCACAUGAUUUAUCCAAGGUAUUUUGGUCCCCUUCACUGCUAGGCCUGGGCAUCUGCUCCUUUGCUAUAGUGAACCCCUUUAAAAGUUGGUGCGCCCAAAGCACAGGCAGCAUUUUUUCCAAGAAUUUGGAAAUGCCUGGGGACUGUAGGAGCUAGUUAGUCAACAAAGGAACCAGUAAUUUAUUUAUGGUCAGAACAAAAACCAAGGGAUACAAACUUAUUGACUGUGCUCCUCUCUCACUAGCUGUGAUACAAAAUAAAUUAUCACAAAGACCUGGAAAACAGUCAUUUUAAGUAAUAGAUCACUUUUUACAAAUAUAAAGUAACAGAGCCAUCAGCUCUUAAGAAAUCAGGUUUUCUCAGUAGCAAUCAAAAAGGGGAAUUGCACGUGGGUGGGCCAGGCUCUCUGGAGCAGUCAGGCACUUGGAAUAUCAUUAAGAGUGCAACCUUUGAAGUCUGGAAUUGUGUUUUGGCCAUACAGGCCAUCCUUAGGGAAAAGCUCACUCUCUGAUGUACAGAAUUUUUGCUUGAUGCACAUUAAAAAGAGAUUAUAAUGGCCUUCAAAGUCACUUCGAUCAUUUUCUUCUGUGUGGGGAUAUGUCCUCUGAGACACUGUCUGAGCCCUGAGGAGCUCUUCAUCUCCUCCUACAUGACACCAAAUUCCUACCCUUGCAGGCUCCUCACUGACAUCAUCUUUUCUCCUCUUGAAUGGGGAGGGCCUGGGGACUCCCUUUUAAAAUCAUGUUCCCUGCAGCAAGGAUAGGACUGAUAAAGGAUAUAGGCAGCUCUUCCUUGUUGGCCUUCAUAUCCUGCUAUCUCCUCACUCAAAACACAUACAAGAAAUUUAAUGGGAUAAUACUAAGUUCACAGGUCAAAAGAGUAGAUAGAAAACUCAUGAACACAAAUAGUUCUAUGGGAUCAGUGACUAGGAGUUGGCUUUUGAUUGUGCGUUCCUGUGUUCAUUUAAUUUUUGCUACACUCAGGCUUAAGAUUCCUAAUAAAAUAUUGUCUUUACCCAAAGCUACAAGGGGCAUAUUUUUCAGAGGAAUCCAUCCACUUGCUUUAUGGGGGGGGGAGCAAGAAAAUAACAAAUGAAAGCUGACAUCUUCCAAAAUGCAGUUUAGCUGUCUAUUCUCUCGGAACUAUUCUUUUUUUCUGAAAGACAAGUGAAUUGGCAGCAGACUGGGUAGAAGGGAGACUGCCUCUGAAACAGAUGGCUAGAGAAUGCAGAUUUGUUUGCCUCUGCCUACCACACAGGGAUUUUAAACAGACACAGAGGAUGGGAAAUCUCCCUCGGGGCCAACAUAAGUUCUUCAGAAUUUUAACUGAUUUGUCUUUAAUUUUCUUCUUGACUUAUUGAACGCAAAGUGGUUGUAUUGUCAUCCAGACAGCUGUUCUCUUUACUGCACAUCAUUAUUCAAACCCAUCAGCUUAACUUGAUUAAUUUAUAACACCUUCCAGACAGAGAAAGCUCUCAAACCUUCACUAAGCCCUGGAAGAAUCCCACUAAACCUCUGUUCACCAAUAUUCAUGGUUUUGUCUCCAGGAGGUCCAUACCAUUUUCUUUGGUUCUCAGGCUAAGCACACAAGAUAUCCUAGUGUCCUCAUAGGUAGGCAUUUGUAGUGCCCUCUCCCCUCUGCCAG